AUGUCCAGGCAAACAGAACCAGAGAUACGUCCAGGCAAACAGAACCAGAGAUACGUCCAGGCAAACAGAACCAGAGAUACGUCCAGGCAAACAGAACCAGAGAUACGUCCAGGCAAACAGAAUCAGAGAUACGUCCAGGCAAACAGAACCAGAGAUACGUCCAGGCAAACAGAACCAGAGAUACGUCCAGGCAAACAGAACCAGAGAUACGUCCAGGCAAACAGAACCAGAGAUACGUCCAGGCAAACAGAACCAGAGAUACGUCCAGACAAACAGAACCAGAGAUACGUCCAGGCAAACAGAACCAGAGAUACGUCCAGGCAAACAGAACCAGAGAUAUGUCCAGGCAAACAGAACCAGAGAUACGUCCAGGCAAACAGAACCAGAGAUACGUCCAGGCAAACAGAACCAGAGAUACGUCCAGACAAACAGAACCAGAGAUACGUCCAG